GCGCAGCGAAGUAAACGCUGGCCAAUGUGUUGAGCGGUUAAAUAAGAAAAGUUGACUCCUACAACAAGUAGGAAAAAUCCCAGCUAGUAUUCUGCGACAGCUAAUUCAGCGAUAAACGUCCGAGUUGCCAGCUCCAGCUUCAGCUCGAAUCAGUGUGGCCAACUCUGUAUUUGCCCAGUUGCCGUUGUGCGUGGCAAAUUUAAGUGCAACAUAUGGCAGACAGCAUCGAUGCCAAAAUGCAGUCCGCUUAUUCUAAGAACUGUGCGCACUUUCUCUGGUGGGCCGUUUAUCAUGGCAAGCAAUGUACAACAACAGCAACAACAGCGGCGACAACACUCAGCAACUAAAGUGCAACAGCAACCACAGCGGCAGCAGAGGCAGCGACAGCAGCAACAGCACCAACAACAGGGAGAAUGCUCUAAGCUGCGAUUGUCUCAAUCUAAACAGAUUCCACCCAAAGAUAGACCACAACAACAACAUAUACGUUCACUGCAUGCGCAUGAGUCGACGUCCAACCUGGAUGCACGGAAACAAGCAUUGAGGCAGCUGCAGUUCGGUUCUUUUGCGGCGCUGCUGUUGCUGCUGCUGCUGCUGGCCACACAUGGAGAUUCUGUUGAAGCGGAGGGCAAUGUUGGCUGCCAGUUUGUUAGGACGCUUUGCAUACCCCAUUCCGAGGUCUGCUACGAUGACAACAUCUUUGGCAAGUGCAUUCCCACCACCGGCGUCGACGUUGAGGAUAUUGAGAAGACACCACUUACCGAGGACCAAUCACGUCUGCUGGCCACAAUGCUGGAGGAGCUGCAGGGCGCCGGCUUAGGCUGGGAUCAUCACUAUGUACAGUGUCGCAUCCAAGGAGCAAUCUUCUCGCUGCAACGCCAACAGCAGCUGCCACCGAAUCUCUGUGCGAAUCUGGCGCCGGCACCUCCGGAGUACCUUGAUCCCACCAGUGCUUUGGCCUACGUACGCUUCACACCACCGGAGCUGCAGGAGCAGCAGCAACAGCAGCAGCGGGAGGCGAAUCUUGACUACAUUGAUGAGCAGCAGUCGAGGCCGUCACAAUUAUAUCCGAUGUUGCAAAAGAAACAGCCCCAGGACAGUGGUUUCAAUAGCAUCCUGCAUCAGUUGCAGCUGCAGGAUCGUCGACGUCUGCGACAUGAUCCGGGAGAGCUGGAGCACUAUGGCAAGCUGGAUGUUCACCCAAAGGGCAUGCAGGUGGAAAUGCCAAGCGUAAUGAAUGCUUUUCUCGAUACGGAACGACAGCGCAUUGAACGCGAGCAGCAGCUGAGGAUAGCGGAGCUGGAUGCCAGUCAGAAGGCGGAGCAGCAGAAGCAGCUGGAACUCUAUCAUAUCUUAGCUGAAUCCGAGCCCGAUCCUCAGCCCUUUCAACGCAAGCCACAGCCAGCCAAUGCCAUGGAUGAACUGGAGGCGAUUGUGGAGCAGCAGCAAAAGUUGCAGCAACAGCAGCAGCAACAACAACCGCAGAUGCAGCAGCAACAGGAGCAGGAUCAACCACAUGCGCCUGUCUAUGUGCCCGAGGAAGUGAACGAGUCGAGUGAGCUUUACUUUCCGGAUAACUAUGCGCCCUUUAAGCGUCGCGAGCAACCCCAAGUGGAGCAGCCAAAGCGCUCCUUCUUCCGUGAGCUGGCCAACGAGCAGGGAUUGCCCCAGGAGCCGUUGGUUGAGCUGCAAGCACCGCCAGAGUUGAUAAAACGACGUCCCAGCAACAGCGAAUCCAAUGCACUGGAACAGCAGCAGCAGGAGCAGCAGCAGGCGCAGGAGCUAGCCUUUGAGUCCAACUUGCGUCGCAAUUCUCUGACACCCUUGGAGGAGGAGGCCAUGUUGGCCUCCAAUAGUUAUCCCCGCUCCCUGCACAAUCAACGCGUUUACACCGAAGGUGGUUUGCUGUUGAUGCCACAGGAUGAGCUGCUGGAUGCCCCACAAGCGGAUGAACCCACGGACCUUAAGCAUUCUCUGCUGGCCAACAUGUUGGGCUUUGCCCGUCACGAGCGUCUGGAUGUUAAGAAACCUGGACCGCAAUUGGGGCCACCAUCGGAGCUGGGUACGGAGAAGCCGCGACGCACCGAAGAUGGCAACAAGGAGGUGCUGCCCGCCCACAUCAAAGGAGGCGAUGUCAACGAGCCCUUCAAGAAGAAGAAGGUCGUCAAGGAGCAGCACUCGGACGACGAUCAUGCGCCGCACACCGUAGACACUGAAUAUGCACAUGUGUUCGUCAAGAACCCAAUCGACAGCUGGUACGAUGGGCAGCGCAUUAUGAAUGAGCUGGCACAAAUACUACACAUGCAGGGAUACUUUUCUUAUUUAACCGUUCAACCACACGAAGUCAGCUUCCGGGUUGACUCAAACAACCCCGAGCGCAAGACGGCCGCCGAUGUGGCACGCUACAUCAACGAGAACCGCGGCGUCAAGAACAACAUUCAGCGACGCGUUGGCUUCUACGUCCUACACGCUGGCGUUGGCGAUCGCGUCAAGGAUUUGCGUGAUCCCAGCAUCUCCGCAUCCCGCAUUGAGUUGGCCGAACAGGGUCCGGAUGUCACUCACAUAAUGGCCUACAUGUUCGCCGGAGCCGGGGCAGCGGCUGUGCUUGUGAUCUUUGCUACAUUGAUUCUGAUCAAGCGGCACGAUCGCAAUAGGGACAAGCUUGGUGGUCUGCAGUCGGGCGUGUCGGGGGCAGAGAGUUGCAGCAAGGACUAUCAGGAGCUGUGCCGUGCUCGCAUGGCGGGCAAAAAUGGGAGUGCAACCAAUGGAUCAGGCAGUGGAAAUGCUGGAGCAACUGGAUCAGAGACGGCGCACAGUGGACGCAUCACAUCCCUGAGCAAGGAGAAUGAGGGCCGACCACCAUCCUCGCGUUCCAGCACUUCAUCAUGGAGCGAGGAGCCUGCCCUGACGAACAUGGACAUCUCAACCGGACACAUGGUGUUGUCUUACAUGGAGGAUCAUCUGCGCAACAAGGGACGCCUGCAGCGGGAAUGGGAGGCUCUAUGCCGUUAUGAGGCCGAGCCUAGUGCUCGGGAUGCCGCUUCCCAGCCGCAAUGCGCCAAUCUGAACCGACCUGGCGCUCCGCUUCCAUACGAUCACUCCCGAGUUGUGCUCAACCAUCUCGCCAAUGCUGAAGGACUCGACUAUGUGAAUGCCUCUACCAUUACUGAUCAUGAUCCACGCGCCCCUGCUUACGUGGCAGCCCAAGGUCCGCUGCCCUCGACUCUGGCGCAUUUCUGGCAAAUGAUUUGGGAACAAGGCGCCGUUGUCAUCGUCGCCCUUUGUCGUCUGCAGGAGAAUGGCGAGGUCGCCUGUGCGCGCUACUGGCCGGAAGAAGGGGCGGAGGUUUAUCACAUCUAUGAGGUUCACUUGGUUAGCGAACACAUUUGGUGUGAUGAUUAUCUCGUACGUUCUUUCUAUUUGAAAAAUCUGCGCACCAGCGAAACUCGCACCGUCACCCAAUUUCAUUUUCUUUCCUGGCCACAAAUGGGCGUGCCUCCCCAGGCCAAGGCGCUGUUGGACUUUAGACGCAAGGUGAAUAAAUCAUACCGUGGCCGAUCCUGCCCCAUUGUGGUGCAUGGCAGCGCUGGCGCCGGACGCACUGGCUCCUACAUCCUGCUGGAUCUGGUGCUGGGACGCAUGAACAAAGGCGCACGCGAGAUUGACAUUGCUGCUACAUUGGAGCAUCUGAGGGAUCAGCGAUCUGGUGUUGUUGCCACACGGCAACAGUUUGAGUUCGUGCUGAUGGCGGUGGCCGAGGAGGUGCAUGCCAUACUGAAGGCCUUACCAGCGAAUACUUCGGGCGAGAAACGCGAACUGGACAAGGACGGAGGCGUCACCAAGGAGCCUCUGAAGGAGGACAAAGCACAAGAGGCAGCCGAAGAGGAGGCGCCUACCAGCAGCACCAAAGCGGCAGCCAAGGAGAAGGAGCGGGAGAGGGAAAGGGAGAAGGAGAAGGAGCGGGAGCGUGAGAAGGAGAAGGAGAAGGAAAAAGAGAAGGGCAAAGAGAAGGAGCAGCCCAAGGCAAUCGCUGAGCAAAAGAUGCCAGCUAGGACGACGUCGGCCAAACACCAACAACAACAUCAGGCCAAGAAGUAAAGAAAACAUGGCUAAACACUUUUAGUUCAAAUCUGUUUGUUGCAGCGUUUCGGGGGUCCUUUUUAUUAUAGCUUAUAUAAGUUGUUGUUGUAGCUGAAAUUAAAUACGUUUCCCUAUAAUUUGGCAUAAGCAAUUGGAAGGUUCGAAAAUGGCUUAAAAUGGUUGGCAAGAGAUGGAAACAUUAUUAGAAAUAAAUAAACAAUUUAAGUUUCAAACUAAAAUUAAGUUCUGCACUUACAACAAAAAGAAUGCACCACAAAAACCAAUAAAUAAAAAUCUAAAGAUAUAGAUGACGAUCUAUAAAAAGGCGUGCAACGCUGUGGCAACAUUUGCCCAUGGUCGGCACGCGGCUUCAGGUGCACACACCAGCCCGUGGCAUUUGGAGUGCGUCUCUGGCGCGCUGUUGCAAGUGUUGGCGACGGCGUUGCAUGUUGCACGUAUCGGUGUCCAGCACAAUGAAAAUGCACCUUAUUCUUGUAUUUCUACUCGUAUACCUAAAAUCAUAUUUGAGUGUUAUUUAAAUGGUAUCAAAUAUAUAUAUAUAUAUAUACAACAUACAUAUAUUUAUAAACAUUAUAUACAUGUGUAGCUGUUAAGCAUUUAAUUCAAUUAUGAAAUGCAUUUUACUUACGCGUUUAUCGAUGUUGGAAAAAAACAAAAAAACAUAACUACAUAAUAUCCACAUGAAUAUCGAACAAUUAAAUCUUGAAAUUAAACUCAAUUGAUUGAUGUGCUUGAAAUAACCAGACGAAAGAAGAAGAAACAAUCGAGCUAAAUGGUAUACAUAUGCCAAAUAUAUAACAACAACAGUUACAAGCCCAACACCCAACAAAAGAUAUACAUCAAUACACUAAACACUCACACAACAAACACACACAUACAUACAUAUACAAUUGAGACAUAUUAAACAUAUACAUAUAAACCGCAAAAGGAUGCAUGCAAAUUUGUACCUAAAGUGAACGAUUCAAACGUUGAGGAAAAUGAGAAAAAUUUCUAUUUACAAGCAGAUACAAAAACAAAAGACGCUAUUGAUGUGUAUGACAAUUAAUUAUACAAGUUUACUACAUAUAUUUAAAAAGUAUAUAUAUAUAUAUAAAUAAAUAAAAAAAUAUAUAUAAAUAUAUAUUAUGUAUACAAUAUAUACAUUAUUCAUAUACAAUAUUGUGAAUGUCAAUAUAUACAUAUACUUAUAACUAACGACUUUAACUAUAUCUGUGUGUACAAGUAUUUUCGAAAAUAUUUCGAAUGUUAUUUUACCAAACCAUAUGUGUGCGAAUUUAUUCAGUUAUUUUCCUACUUCACGCGAAAUGAUCCACAUAUAAUUUACACAAUACCUAUAAGUAUAGAAAAGAAUGUAGACAGCACUCUCGAUCAAUUUGUAGCACAGUUUUAAUACCAAAACUCAUGAUAUCUCUCUCAUCUCAAAAUUGAGGCAGCUAAAAGCUGCGACUGCAGAUUGCUCGGGAGGGAGAAGAAU